AUGGAAGCCGCAAUCCUCAAGCACAUUCUGAACAGCCAGGGCUCCGUGAACAGAGAGGAGCUGGAGUGGAACCUGGACGCCUCUCUGAUCGCACACAUCAUCGCUUCUAACGAGCAGUUCGUGAAUUGUUCUGCCCGGGGCACUGAGAGGGUGGUGGUCCGCAGCGGAGUGAGACUGUGCCAGGAUAAAAUGUGCUCAGGCUGCAGGGGGCUGCAUGUGUGCAAGAAGCUGCUGUUGACGGGAGACUGCCUCUUCCAACACACAAGGAGAGGUUGCCAUUUCUCCCAUGAUCUCCAGUCUGAGGACAACAUGGAGCUUCUAAGUGAGUUUGGUCUACAGACUCUGUGCAGAUCUGAGCUGAGUUUGCUGCUACUACAGAGCAACAAUACACUGCUUCCACAGAUCUGUCAUGAUUUCAACAACCGUGUGAGUUGCCAGGAGAACUGCCCACGUCUGCACAUGUGUGAGCGUUACCUCCACCAGGACUGCAGCUGCCCCAAGAACCACAACUUCUGCGCCCCUCAGCCGCUCAGACUGCUGCAGGAAAAGCACAUCCCUGAGCAUCUCUUCCACCUGCUGAGAUCUGUGUACGCAAACAAAGAGGCUCUGAGACUCGCCGACAAAGCAAACAGGAGCAGGGAUGGCCACGCAGCUCCCACACAAGAUGGGAACAGUGAUUAG